AUGAGUGAGAAAGAUCCUUUCAAGGAUCUUGCCUUUUCUGGUGCGCCGUCAGAGUAUCGGUUAUUCAGGAGGAAGAUCUUGCUGAGUGUGGCAUCUCUUGAAGAGAAGCAUCUAUACCUAGCCGGCCCGCGUAUCUUGAAUCGACUUCAAGGUGAGGCCUGGCGGGCGACGGAGCAUCUCUCCAUCGGCGAGCUGCGCACUGAGCAAGGAUGGCUCAAAGUCCUGAGGGCCUUGGAUGAUCACUACAGGUACCUCCCGGAAACUGAGCUGAAUGAGUGUGUGGAUGAGUUUCUCUUCCAUCUCAAGCGUCGGGGCAAUGAGGGCCCGACUGCUUUCGUGUCGCGCUUCAAGGCGGUGCUUAGCAGGCUGGAGACCUUGGUGGCGGCUGAACGUGCCCAGCAGAAGGGCUCGACCAAGCGCCAGCGACCUGCCGACAAGCACGCCGACAGUGAAGCCGAGCAGCAGAGUAGCAGCCUGAGUUCGGACCAUGCAAAGGAUGAUGACGAUGAAGACGAGCUCAGGCUGACCAAGGACCGUGUUGCCCAGGCGGCUGCCGCCUCAGACCAGACGGCUGCUGCAAAGGCGAGUCCCGGGCCAACCACAGAUUCCAAGGGCCCUAAGACGGUUGGCAGCUUCAUCGACUCGCCUAAGGGGAAGAAGAAGACACCUUCUUCCGGUGGUGGAUCCCACCGGAGCCGAGGCACACAUCGUGCCGACGAAGAGCGGGCGAACCGCCGCAUGCUGGAAGACCUCGGCAAGCUCGAGGUUGGGCACCUGCGUGUGAAGCCGAUCUUCCCCGAGGUGAUCCUGGGCCACUUGUUCAUGAGGAAGUAUGGCCUGACCAGAGAGCAGAGGAGCCAAGUGAUUAGGUCUACGGGGGGCUCCUGUAAGUUCAAGGAUGUAGAGAAGGUCAUUCGUGCCUCGGACUACGAAGACAAGAUGAAUGAACCAGGUACCCGGCAUGCCCCGCCUCGGCAAGGUCGUUCUUCACAUGUUCUUGCCGCCGAAGAAGGAAGCAGCCUCAGUGAGCCCACUUACUCCGAUGAUGAAGAAGUACAGGAGGCUGCAGAAAGCUUCGACGAAGAGGGCGACGAGGAACUGGAAGAAGCUUAUGAAGUUCAGAAGCGGGCUAAGCACGAGGCUAAGAGAGCCUACCGGUCCUACAAAGAUAGCAGGAAAAAGGUGCGAGAGAUCAAGAAAGAAAGGCAGCCCUACAUGCCAGUGGUCGCCUUGCCGCCCAACGCGUCAGCUCCGAGUGACGCCCUGCCGGUGCAGCCCACUUUCAAGUACGACAAGAAGCCACCCAGACGCCCAGGCAAGGAUGCCAAGGGUGGCCGCAAGGGCCGCAGAGAGGACGUCAACAUGAUCGAGACCGAGCCCCUCAGCGAGUUCUUGUACAUGGUCUCUGCGGUGUCCGAGGAGAAGACGUCUGAGAAUGAGAUAGUUCUCGAGAUCUGCUCGGUGACGGUUCCGGCCGGGCUGGCGGUGAUCGACACCGGGUGCACCACGUCAGUGGUAGGAGAAGACACUGCAAGGCGGUACCAGAUCUACUUCCGCGAGCGGGGUCUCCCGGAGCCCCAGGAGAUCUCCUUGCCUCCCGUUCAACUGAAAGGCUUCGACGGUACGCGAACCUCCACCAGCAAGGGCUUGCGCUGGACCGUCAAGCUCGGGAAGCUGUGGGGUCAAGUGACCACAUACUCGGUCCCGGGGCAGGCUCCUUUCCUUCUAUCACGGAAGGUCUUGCAAGGAAUGGAGGCUACGAUCGACCUGGGCAAGUGCACAAUGACGAGUGUCAAGCAUGGGAUUCAGGAUGAGCCGCUGAUGCAGGCGCCAAAUGGGCACUUGCUCAUCCCCCUGGUGCCUUCAGAUGGCGUCGAAGAUCUCCUGCAGGUACGGGAAGUGCCACCGUGCUGUGCCGGGUCGAGAGCGGUCUUUGAACGACCGGGUGCGUGCAUCUUCGCCUACUGCUACGGCGAUGCCUCGCAGGAGGAAGCCAGAUCGGUUGAGAGCACCCAAGCCACGUGCGGCACCUCUGCCAGGACUGUGCUUGCCAAACGGCAGAAGGAACGGCCGUUUCUUCGCUUGUUUGAACAGACCUGGUCACUGCAGACCAUGCUCGGCCCCGCCUAUGAAGUCGACUUCGAUAUGUGCGCAGUAGGACUCCUUGACAGAAAGCUAGUUGAAUCCCUAGAUAAGUGUAAGUGUCCGGGCCACGCGGAGCAUGCCCACCUGACCGGGCAACGACACGCACAGUGUUCCGAGGUCUACCCUCGAAAGCUCUGCCGCAGAAUUGCAUCGGUGUUUGCCAGCCGUGACAAACAUGUUACACCCACUCACGACAUUUUUCUGGAAACUGAUGAAGAGGCAGACUCCGAGCGCGAAAGCGAACCAGAAGAGGAGGCCGAAGGCAAUCCGGCCAUGCAGGAGGCGAACCGCCGAUCGUAUGCGGCCAUGAUACAGAAACUUCAUGUAAAUACCGGACACGCCUCGGUUCCUCAGAUGCUCCGUCUAGCCCAGAGGGCCAAGGCUCCAGAUGGAGUCGUGGCCGCUAUCCGGAAGUUCAAGUGCCCAGUGUGUGAAGAACUUCAGGUGCCACCUUCGCACCGGGUAGCAGCGCUAAAGCACACUGAGACCCCGAACCACAUCGUCGGGUUAGAUGUAGUGCAAGUCGAGCUAAAGCGGGACACUUCCACCGGAAUCGUAGAACAGAAAUAUAAUGUCCUCACUGCUGUCGACUAUGCCACAGACUUUGCUCAGCAGAUUGUGUUGCCCGCGGGGCCGGGAGUGGUCAGCCGUGCUUUCCAUUCUCUGUGGUGCCGGCCAUACGGGCCCCCACGAGUAGUCUACGUCGACCCGGACCAAAGGUGGAUGUCUGGAGAGUUCCAGGAAUAUCUCCGACAGAAUUCGAUCACCUUAUUGGACUCUGCAACCGAAUCGCAUUGGCAACUGGGACGGGUCGAGAAUCAAGGAAUGAGCAGCUUAAGCGUCAUGGGUUCUCAAGUGCUCAAUGGUUUCUGGGACGCGAGCCUCGGGUCCCCGGUAGCCUGUCCGACAUUACUGAGCAGUCCAAUGUUGCCAUACAAGAUGCUGUCACCUCAGAACAGGACUUUGCUCAGAAAAUGCAAAUUCGACAACAAGCUGCCGAAGCCUUUAUCGAGGCCCAUGCGCAUACCGCUUGGACCCGUGCCAUAA